UUUCAGACCACUUUGGGGCCGCUGUUCAGGAACUCCCGCAUGGUUCAGUUCCAUUUCACCAACAAGGACCUGGAGUCGCUCAAAGGCCUCUACCGCAUUAUGGGCAACGGCUUCGCUGGCUGUGUUCACUUCCCCCACACGGCUCCCUGCGAGGUCCGGGUUCUGAUGCUGCUCUACUCGUCCAAGAAGAAGAUCUUCAUGGGCCUCAUCCCCUACGAUCAGAGCGGCUUCGUUAACGGCAUCCGCCAGGUGAUCACCAACCACAAGCAGGUGCAGCAGCAGAAGAUCGAGCAGCAGCGAGGGGUGAGAGCCUCACCGUGCCCCAUACAUCCCCCAUACAUCCCCCAUAGAGACCCCACAGAGACCCCAUAGAUAUCCCAUGGAUCC